ACGCAUUGACAAUGCAACGCUAACCGAUCAGCACGGACCCGAGCGGGAACAUGGGAACGAAAACGUCGUCUUCCUCCUCCUGUUCAUUUGCUACCCGAAACCGAGGAAAGAUCCUUUCCUUUUUCUUUCAAGGCCAGCGGAAGUCAAGAGGGUAGAAGGAAAGAGAGAAAGAAAGUGAGCUAAGUGGGAGGAAAAGAAAAUCAAGAAGGGAAUCGUUCCCCCCUUUUGUUUGGGAUUUUUCUUGGUUUUUUUUUUUUUUUUCUGGGAAGUGGGAAUAUGUCGGGGGAAGUUCAUCGUACUAUUCUUGGGUAACAUCUGUGCGGGAGCGAUUCUGUUUGUCCUGAAAAUGGGUAGGCAACGAUCGCUGAGGAGUAAAGCUGCGCAUUUCGUCACUGACCUCACCACUGUUCUUCUCAACCCAAUCUCUGAUAAACCCUCCUCCAAGCCCUCUCCUCCCUCUCAAUCUCCUGAUAAUGCCAGUGACUCUAGAAGAAGCCAACUAGAUUCAAUCAGAGAAGAGGGUUCAGAAGAUUUAGUUGGUGGUCCCGAUACAUCAUCUUUCACAGCAUUUCUUUACUCUCUAUUGACAUCAUCUGAGCCUGGAGACGAUCCCAAUGUUGAAGGGAAAAAUGAUAAUGGGCAAGUGAACAGUGGAGUGGUUGCUGCAUCAAAAGAAGCAUCUGACGUGCCUAGGAAGGAAAGUGGUGGCAAGAAAAGCUUGUUCUCCAGAGGGAAGCAAUCAUUGGGUAAAGCUUUUAACCAGGCAGCAAAGAUUGCUGGGUACCGGAAUCAAGAACAGAAAGGCGAUGGUGACAUGAAAUGUAGCGAUGUAAAUGAAGUUAUGCUUCCUGGAGCUGAGAUGAGGCGUUUGCAGAAUGAGACAGAGCCUGUGGCGCUGACUGAUGUUCCAGAUACGUCAGAACCUUCAUUGCUGCUUUCAGAGAAAACACGUAAUGUACUUUAUACAUCACUUCCUGCACUCGUUCAGGGGAGAAAAUGGUUGUUGCUGUACAGUACAUGGAGGCAUGGAAUAUCACUUUCCACUUUGUAUAGAAGAAGCAUGCUUUGGCCUGGUCUUAGCUUGCUGGUAGUUGGGGACCGUAAAGGUGCAGUAUUUGGCGGCUUAGUCGAGGCACCACUUAGACCAAACAAUAAGAGAAAAUAUCAGGGAACGAAUAGCACUUUUGUUUUCACAGAUGCACCUGGUCAUCCAGUUGUAUACCGCCCUACAGGGGCCAAUCGGUAUUACACUCUGUGCUCCUCUGACUUUUUAGCGAUUGGUGGGGGUGGCCACUUUGCAAUCUAUUUGGAUGGCGAUCUGUUAAAUGGAUCGAGCUCAGUAUCAGAAACAUAUGGGAAUCCUUGUCUUGCACGUUCUCAAGACUUUGAAGUGAAGGAAGUUGAGUUGUGGGGCUUCGUAUAUGCUUCCAAGUACGAAGAGAUGCUCGCUCUUAGCCGAAUGGAGUCCCCUGGCAUUUGCCGAUGGUAACCUUUUGAAUCACGAGCUAAACUUUCCGAUAACUAGUCACCUGAAGCGUGGUGCUUGGGGAGUACCGAUUACAUUUGAUUGUGUAUAUUUUCGCUGGCGCUGGAUGAUGAAAUGCUUGCCCAGACCUGGUGCACCGUAGAACGUGAUCACAAUGACCAAUCGCCCGAGGUCCCGUGUGUGUCUUAUUGUAAGGGUUGGGAUGAUCACACAUCCAGUCCAUUUUGAGUGAAUGUUGAUUUGCACCUACUAAGCCUUGUUUCUAUCUGUUGUAUAGUCCUUUACAUGUUUUGCAUCUUACCCUGUAUGUAGCAGGAGUGCACCAAAACUCAGAGUCCGGCAUUGUGUUUGUUUUCUUUUUUGUCUUAUAUCUGUAAAUAUUUGGUUCCUCUUUUCCUUUUUCUUUUCUUUUUUCCUAGAUGCUUUUAUC